CUUGGCUUCCCAGCAAAGAACAAUGCACUACAGUGGAAAUUGGCAACAUUCUAAUUCUUAAGGAGAGUUUCUGAUUUCUCUCACUUUCAUUACAGAAAAAUUGACUUUCAAAGUCAAAGGCUUACAAAGGAGCAAUAGGGAGUGUCUUGUGUCAGUUAUUUGUCUGUGUAAAAGCGCCUAACCUUGAAAAAGAACUGCCUGUACUGGGCCUGAAGAUAUUGCAACAUUGAUUUAUAGAAUCACUUUCUCCUACGAUGUCUGAUGAAGUGACCUAUGCAACGCUUAUGCUUCAAGAUUCUGCGAGAGUGAGAAGUAAUCAAGAUGGAAAUAACCUAAGAAAGAAAGGACACCCAGCUCCAUCCUCCAUCUGGCGAGGAGCUGCCUUGAGCCUGAUGACCCUCUGCCUGUUGCUGGUGACCGGACUAGUGACCUUGGGGAUUAUGUUUUUGCAGAUGUCUAACAAUACUAACUCAGAGUCAGAGAAAUUGAGUCAACUUCAAAAAAUCAUCCACCCACAGCAGAAUAAUCUGUCUGAGAUAUUGAACAUCUCCUGGAAGGAUCCCACAGAGGAAUCUCUCCAGUCCCAGAUCUCUGCCCUCCUGGAGAGGCAGAAACAGAUGGCUACCAAGCUCUGCAAGGAAUUCCUCAUCCACACUUCUGAUCAUAAGUGCAAUCCUUGUCCCAGGACUUGGCAAUGGCAUGGAAACAGUUGCUAUUAUUUCACAAUUCAUGAAGAGAAAUCUUGGAGUGACAGCAGAAAGGACUGUAUAGGCAAGAGUGCCGCUCUGGUGAAGAUUGACAGCAUCAAAGAAAGGGAUUUUCUUCAGUCACAGCCAUCACUCACACCCUCUUUCUUUUGGCUGGGAUUGUACUGGAACUCAACUGACAAACAUUGGCUAUGGGAAGACGGUUCGUCUCCCUCUCCAACCCUAUUUAGCAAUCAGGAGCAUGCCAGGUUCAAUGGAUCUAGAGGGUGUGCUUAUUUUGAAAGAGGGAAUGUCUACAUUUCUCGCUGUAGUGCUGAAAUUUCUUGGAUUUGUGAGAAGACAGCUUCCCUGGUGAAGAUUGAAGAUUUGGAUUAAUCUGACUCUUUUAAGUGUAUCGAAAAGAAAGGGCCUAUUGUAGAUCCAUGCAAGAAAGGAGGAAGGUCCAGUAUUUGAGCCAAAAACUGACUAAAAAGUGACUGUACUUCAACUAUCUCACAGAUAAACUUGCUUCACAGAACAUUCUCUGCUUCACUGUCUGACUCUCUGAGACCCCUGUUAUAAAGGCUGCCCAAUCAUGUACAGGUUUGAAGGAGUUCAAAGUAAAGGGCCUGGGACAGCAGUGCUGUAUUGCUGAAUUGGAAAUACUUUACUGUUUUAAAGAUUGUUUGUCUAAAUCCAUUUAGCAGCUAAGUAUCAGCCUCCAUGUGCAGAGUAACUCUACUUUGUCUUCCUAUGAAACUACACUGUCAAUUCUCAUAACCGAUAGCCUAGAUGAAAUAGGAUGAACACUGUGUCUUAAUAUUUUCAUCAUUUAUUUAAACUAAUAAUAUUCAGGCUAUCAAUUUUGCAGCUGGGUAUUAUCAGAAUAAUAAAGAUAUUUAUUAUUUUAA